ACGAUUCUCGUAGCUGAACCAACAUGUGUUGGUUGUGUGACAACUGAAGAACAAUCACGAGAAUGUGUUCUCUGUUGUUGGUAAAUUGGUAUUUUCAAUAGAUUUGAUGUUAAUACGCUAACAUGUCCUCGGUGGAGGUAGUUUUGGGGUUCCUUGAGGAGGCGGAGCCGUGGCGGCUUCGCUCCUCGCAGUUCCCCAGCAAGGUGGGAGGGAAGCCGGCGUGGCUCAGCCAGAGAGGCCUGCCCUCCGGCUCCGAGCUGGAGUGUGAAGUCUGCCGGUUACCGAUGGUCUUCUUACUGCAGGUGUAUGCUCCAUUAUCAGGUCAGGACAGAAGUUUUCACCGAACCCUUUUCCUUUUCUGCUGUAAAACUCCAGAAUGCUACUCCCGCAACGACAGCCGCUGCAUGAAAGUUUUUAGAAGUCAGCUCUCCAGGAAGAAUGAGUUCUAUCCCUAUGAACCUCCCCCAGAGGACGAACCAGAAAACAGUUCAGAGGAGAAUCAUGAUGUGUUUACCAUCUCUGGAGUUAAACUGUGUUGGGUGUGUGGUUGCCCUGGCAACAAGGCCUGCUCCCGCUGUCAUGGUGUAACCUAUUGCGGAAAACACCACCAGACCCUCCACUGGAAACAGUCUCACAGGAGGGAGUGCUGUAAGCCAGAGACAUCCGCAGACACAACCUCUCCUCUUCUGUUUUCUGAAUCUGAGCUCGUCACAGAGCCUGAGGAGGACAGCAAAGAGGAGCAAGAAGAUGCAAAGGUUGAAGGAGGGGGAGGAGAAAAGGGAGGUGGUGGCUCCUCGUUAGCAGAGGCUCUGGCGGAGGCAGAUCUGGAGGAGAUGGCGAUGCACGAGACCGAAGACAACAAAACGUUCCAGCAAUUUAAAAAGAAGACCUCCUCUGAGCCUCAUCAGGUGAUACGUUACAGUCGAGGAGGACGUCCACUCUGGGUCUCCUCUCAACACGUCCCUUCAGACGAGGAUAUCUCACCAUGCACCUGUGGCGCCAAGAGGAUUUUUGAAUUUCAGGUGAUGCCUCAGCUGUUAAACAGUCUGUCUGUGGACUCGACCGGAGCGAGCAUCGACUGGGGAACUCUGGCCAUCUACACCUGCACUGACAGCUGUAACCACGACGACCGGUACUACCGGGAGUUCAUCUGGAAGCAGGACUUCACCUCAGAUCAGAACGCAGAUUAAAAACCCAUAACGGAACUUUUUUUUUAGCUUUGGCUUCCAGGUGCCGAUCUAGCCUCAUGUGAGUCUCCUGAACUGAGACAUCAUCAAAAAAAAAAGAAUCUCUGCUUUUCCUGUUCCUAUGCAAUGUCCACAUCCCAUCCUGCUACUGGCAACAGCUUCUUUUUCUUAACCUUACCUGUAAAUUGAGUAAUUUCUGAGGCAACACUGACAAAAAAAUACUUUUUUCUUCAUGAUGGGUAUGAAAUUGUAUUAGCCAGAUUUCCUUUUGUAAGAUAAAUAUUGUUUUGUUUAAUAAACAAGUUUGAGUCUUUAA